AUGAAGCUGCAUCGUCCGCUCUAUGCAGCCCCAAGCGCUUUGAUGCGCAGGCAAUGCAGGAAUAUACACGGCCUUCAGUCACGGUAUUCUCGCGGCUUACUGACACAGAGUUAUGCUCGAGGCCCUGACCAGCCACCUUUAAUAGAGAAGACUAUUCCGGACCAUUUUUCUUCUAUCGUUCAGCAGUUUGGAGAUCGGACGGCAGUAGUCUCGCGACACCAGAAUGACCGUCUCACAUAUGACACGCUUGACCGCAUGAGCAACAGCCUCGCUCGGGGCUUGAUAUCCAUCGGGGUUCAAAAAGGCGACCGUGUCGCUAUCAUGUUGGGCAACUCUAUAGAGUAUGCAGCUGCCACAUAUGCGAUAUUUAAACUGGGCGCCAUACUGGUACCACUCAAUCCUUCCUUCAACGCAAACCAAGUUGUCGCUGCACUGGGCCAUCUAGGAACAACUCAUUUAAUAAUUAGUGCCGAGGCAAAUCUACCGAGACGUCCACCUCGUGAUAAUACGCCUUUGAUCAAACAUAUUGUUCCUGAUUUACAGGCAGCACAUCUGAAUUCAGAACUAAUUCCGACCCUCAAGCAUAUAGUCAUCGUCGACAACUCUGCUGGACGCAUUGAUACAACUGCAUAUAGUCCACUAACGCCUUAUUCUUCCAUAUUAUCCAGCCUUCGACCUGACGGAGAUCGAUUGUCACCUCAAAAUCUCUCCAAUAACGACGUUGUAAAUAUCCAAUUCACGUCCGGAACCACGUCGAUGCCCAAAGCAGCAUGUCUGACACACCGAUCAAUCCUCAACAACGGCGCACAUAUCGGCGAUCGAAUGCUACUAACAGAGAAUGAUGUUGUCUGCUGUCCACCCCCACUUUUCCAUUGCUUCGGAUGCAUAUUGGGCUACAUGGCAACGGCAACACAUGGCUCUUCCAUUGUCUUCCCGUCAGAAUCAUUCAACGGCUUGGCCGCCCUUGAGGCCGUGCGAGAAGAAAAAUGUACAGCACUCUACGGCGUGCCGACCAUGUUCAUCGAGGAACUAGGCUUGCUUGACAAAGGCGAGGUGCCGUCCGACGGAUUCCAAUACUUGCGCACUGGCAUCGCAGCCGGAAGCAGCAUUCCAGCAGAACUCAUGCGAAAGCUACACAAGAGGCUGAACCUCACUGAACUGACAAUCUGUUACGGGAUGACCGAGACCAGUCCAGUGUCGGCCAUGACUACGACUGAUGAUCCCAUGGAGAAACGGAUCAACACUGUUGGACAGCUCAUGCCACAUGUUGAGGCAAAAAUCGUCAAUCCGGCGGACAAUAGCGGCCUCUUGCCAAUAGAGACAAAAGGCGAACUGGCCGUGAGCGGCUACCUGUUGAUGAAAGAGUACUGGGAUGCCCCAGACAAGACGGCGCAGGUGAUGCUGGCGGACGAGAAUGGCAAGAUCUGGAUGCACACCGGCGACGAAGCAAGCAUGUCGCCCGACGGCUACAUUACUAUCACGGGGCGCAUCAAAGACCUGAUCAUCCGCGGCGGCGAGAACAUCCACCCGCUAGAGAUUGAAAACUGCCUCCUCGCUCACCCGGCUGUUUCAGAGACAUCUGUGGUCGGGGUUCCAGACGAAAAGUACGGCGAAGUCGUGGGCGCAUUCGUGGUACCUGCUAUUCCUAAAGCUGCGAAUAAGACGGGACUCGGUGAAGAAGUGCUUACUGAAGAGUUGAAGACGUGGGUGAGGCAAAAAUUGAGCAAUCAUUUAGUGCCGAAAUACAUAUUCUUUAUCGCUAGCUCGGACCUCUUUCCCAAAACAGCCAGUGGAAAAAUCCAAAAGUACAAGCUCAAGGAGACUGCCAUUCAGCUGUUGAAGGAGCGGUAG